UUGAUAAAGUUUAGGUUGGAAAAAGAAGAAAUGAAGAUGAUGUGAUGAAAAGUGAUCCAAAGAAUAAAUAAGGAUUGUAGCAAACGCCAAUCCCACUUGUCCCCUCUCGGUUGCAUAUCUCUUCAUACUUUCUCUCCUUCAUCGUCAAUCUUCCAUCAAUGGAACUCCAACCCUCGUUGCAGUUUUUCACCAACAACAUCUAUUUCUCUUCUCUUCUCCUCUCCCUCACCAUCCUCCUUCUUCUCAUCGCAAUCGCACGUUUUUCUCGCCGAAAGAACAUCCUAUGCAGCUGCGAAACGUGCCAGGCCUACCUCACUUCAAGCUGGUCCCAAUACUUCCACAACCUCUGCGACUGGUACACCCACCUCCUCCGAACCUCCCCGACCAAAACCAUCCACAUCCACGUGCUCCGCAACACCAUCACGGCCAACGUGGAAAACGUCGAGUACAUUCUCAAGACCAGGUUCCACAACUUUCCCAAGGGGAAACCCUUCUCUACCAUCCUCGGCGACUUCCUCGGCAAAGGAAUCUUCAACGUCGAUGGCGACACCUGGCGCUUCCAGAAGAAGAUGGCCACCCUCGAACUCAACAACAACGGCAUAACCUUCUUCGCCUUCGAAAUCGUCAAGAGCGAAAUCCACGACAGACUCCUCCCGCUCCUUCACGCGUCGGCCUCAAACGGCGUCGUGUUGGACCUGCAGGACGUGUUCCGGAGAUUCUCCUUCGACAGCAUUUGCCGUUUCUCCUUCGGGUUGGACCCCAAGUGUCUGGAGAAGUCUCUGCCGAUGUCGGAGUUCGCGGUUUGCUUUGACUUGGCGUCGAAGCUCUCUGCGGAAAGAGCCAUGGCGUUGUCGCCUUAUCUGUGGAAGGUGAAGAGGUUUUUCAAUGUGGGGAGCGAGAAACGGCUUCGGGAAGCGGUUGAAGUGAUUAACCAGUUGGCCAGAGAGGUCAUAAAGCAAAGGCGCGAAAUGGGUUUCUCUGAAAACAAGGACUUGUUGUCGCGGUUCAUGAGCACGGUCCACGAUGACGACACGUAUUUACGAGACAUUGUUGUGAGCUUCUUAUUGGCGGGUCGUGACACAGUGGCUUCGGCUCUCACCAGCUUCUUUUAUCUGUUGGGGAAACAUCGAGAAGUUGAAUCGGAGAUUCGUGCGGAGGCAGAUCGAGUGAUUGGGCCUCAUGAGGAUCUCACGAGCUUCGAAGAGCUUAAGCAAUUGCACUAUUUGCAAGCGGCGAUGCAUGAAAGUCUGAGGCUGUUUCCACCGAUUCAGUUUGAUUCAAAGUUUUGUUUGGAGGAGGAUGUGUUACCCGAUGGGACGAAAGUAGAGAGUGGAACUAGGGUUACUUACCAUCCCUACGCGAUGGGAAGGUUGGAGGAAAUAUGGGGUUGUGAUUGUUUAGAGUUUAGACCAGAAAGGUGGUUGAAGGAUGGGGUGUUCCACCCUGAAAGUCCGUUCAAGUACCCGGUUUUUCAAGCAGGGUUGAGGGUUUGUGUGGGGAAGGAAAUGGCUCUGAUGGAGCUCAAAACUGUGGCACUUUCACUGCUUCGGAAGUUCCACAUCGAGUUGGUGGAAGCAUCUUGUGGAAACCCUCGUUUCUCCCCUGGACUCACUGCCACCUUUAGGUUUGGCCUCCCCGUGAAGGUUCAUGAGAGAGGAUUAGAACAACAACAUAUAGCAUGAGAUUUGAAGCAAGAGUGUAAGAUUAAGUUAUAUGAGUUAUAUGAAGCACUCUUAGGCCAACUUCAGGUUUAUCAAGGACUGAGUUUAGAUUCUAUCUGGGACACAGACUCUGGUUUGUAUGAACUGAUUUUUUACUCUAAGUUGGAUACUUAACUCUUGUAAUUAACCUCUGUCACAAGUUAAGUUCCAUAUGGUUCCAUAACUAAGCGAAUCUUGUAAAGGAUCAUAGGAUUUGGAUUGACGAAGAUGUAUACUUGUUCAUGAUACUCGACAGUUGGAACAAGCACUUGAAAAAGGAAAAGCACAGAGAGCAGAAAAGCAACUCACGAUAAAGAAGGGUGUUGUUUGCACCACUAAACCAGAAUGAAUGUGUUGAUGUCGGUGGAAUCUUGUUGAGGUACAAGUUAAUGUUGAAAUUGAUUCCUGAAGCUGGUGGUUUUUGACUGCAUGUGGAUUUUGCUCAGUGGAUCCGACAUUUAUAUAGUGCGCCACGAAAGCUGUGACCUAUUUGUGAGUAUGUGUGUGUGCUUCUUCUUUUCUUUAUUCUAUUUUUUUUUAUUGAUGUUAUGUAGAUAAAACUUAUAGUAGUACCUGCAAUGUUCAUUAAUUAAUAACACCUUUAUGUAUGAUCUGCUGUUUAGGAAUAAAAAUUUACUCUUGUUUAUUUCUUAGAGUUUUGAAGGCUG